GCACCCGAGAUCAAACCCGCAAGCAGUCACUCCCCUCAGAUAAAUUCGGCCGAAGAAAGAAACGAAGCAUGGAGAGCAGUGCUCGUGGCGAGAUCAAGUCGCUGGACGAGCAGAUCAGCCGCCUGCGCCGGGCCGAGAACCUCUCGGAGGCCGAGAUCAUGGAGCUCUGCAAGAAGGCCAAGGAGAUCCUUAGCGCCGAGUCGAACGUGCAGCCCGUGCGCUGCCCCGUGACCGUCUGCGGCGACAUCCACGGCCAGUUCUACGACCUCCUCGAGCUCUUUUGCAUCGGCGGUCAAUGCCCGGAUACGAACUACCUCUUCAUGGGCGACUACGUCGACCGCGGCUACUACUCGCUCGAGAGCGUCACGCUCCUCGUCGCGCUCAAGGUGCGCCAUCGCGAGCGCAUCACGAUCCUCCGCGGCAACCAUGAGUCACGCCAGAUCACGCAGGUCUACGGCUUUUACGACGAGUGUCUCCGCAAGUACGGCAACGCCAACGUGUGGAAGUACUUUACGGACCUCUUUGACUUUUUGCCCAUGACGGCGCUCAUCGAGAACCGCGUGUUUUGCAUGCACGGCGGCCUCUCGCCGUCGAUCGACACGCUCGACCACGCGCGCGCGCUCGACCGCGUCCAGGAGGUGCCCCACGAAGGCCCGAUGUGCGACCUCGUGUGGUCGGACCCGGACGACCGCUGCGGCUGGGGCAUCUCGCCGCGCGGCGCGGGCUACACGUUUGGGCAGGACAUCACGGAGCAGUUCAAGCGCAGCAACGGGCUCACGUUCAUCGCGCGCGCGCACCAGCUCGUCAUGGAGGGCUACCAGUGGACGCACAACCGCGGCGUCGUCACGAUCUUCUCGGCGCCCAACUACUGCUACCGCUGCGGCAACCAGGCCGCGCUCAUGGAGAUCGACGAGGUCAUGGCCGACCGCGGCGGCGACAAGGUCUACGACACGUGCAAAUUCAUUCAGUUUGAUCCGGCCCCGCGCGACCACACGUUCAACGAGAAGAAGCGGACGCCCGACUACUUCUUGUAACAGCCUUUUCUACCCUCACUUGCGCAUUAAUACCAUCCCACCCGGUGUAUGCUCCUCGUCUCUCCUCGGUCGGCUCAUGACCAAAGUGACGCAACGCUGUAACGUUUAGCGCGUAGCUUCUUCUCUAUACCUUGUCGCUAGGAACUCUUACUUGCAGGCGUAGCCAGCUCGGAGCCCGGGGUUGAAGCCGGCGACCGUUUGUCCAACGCCCAAGAGACACUUGGCUCAAAAUAGAUCGACAAAACUUUCCUCAUCCA